UGCAAUAGAUGAAUUGCUUCCUAGAGUUGACCAAAGGUUUUGUGUGAGGCAUAUGUAUGCCAACUUCAGGAAGAAAUACCCUGGUAAAAACCUGAAGCGUUUAAUGUGGAGGGCAGUUACAGCCACAAAUCCACAAACCUGGGAGAUGAAAAUGAGAAACAUAAGAGCAGUGAACGAAGAUGCUUAUAAGCAUUUGAUUGCCAUCCCUCCAAGGUAUUGGUCAAGAUCAAGGUUUACUGAAAGAGCUAAAUAUGACACCUUAGUAAACAAUAUGAGUGAGGGCUUCAACAAUGUCCUCGUUUCUACCAGGAGUAAACCCAUAAUUACUUUGUUGGAGAAGAUAUGGCUUUACCUCAUGCAAAGAUGGGCCAAGAACAGGUCAAGCAUAUCAUCAUUUACUAGAUUUAUUUGUCCCAAGAUCCUAUCCAGAUUUAGAAAGGAAUCUCAGUUAACUAAAAAUUGGAUUCCUAGUUGGUCAGACAACAAGCUAUUUGAAGUUCGUCACAUGUCUAACAAUGGAGAUAAGUUCGUAGUCAACAUAGAUGACUCCUCAUGCACAUGCAGAACUUGGAUGAUGACUGGAAUCCCCUAUUGUCAUUCAUUGGCUUCAAUGAAGUUCCUCAACAUUGAUGGAGAACAAUUUAUUGACUCUUACUACAUGAAGUCCAGAUAUGAGGAGACAUAUUCAACAAUUAUAUAUCCCAUAAAUGGAGCCAACAUGUGGAACAUUACUCCAUAUCCUGAUGUGUCUCCUCCACACAAAAGAGUAUUGCUUGGAAGACCAAAGAGAAAACGAAGACUAGAGCAAUGGGAAAUGAGGAAGGAUGAAUCAAGAAUGACCAAAUCUGGCUUGCGGAAAAGAUGUGGCAUAUGUAGAGAACAUGGCCAUAACAGAACUCGUUGCCCAUCAGCAACCCAAGCAGGAACUGUGCCCAGUACAUCAGCAACCCAAGUAGGAAUUGUGCCUAGUACAUCAGCAACCCAAGCAACUCAAUCCACUCAACAAUCUGAAAUAGCACAUCACUCUCAUCCUCAACCGUAGUACACAGUAGGAAUGCAAUUUUGUAAUAUUUUAAGGCUACAAAACAUUAUGUAGAAAAGCAGUAGAUGUAGGAAAACAUUAUGCUUUUGACAUCCAAUCACUGUUAUUGUGGUACUGCUGUUGAAAACUGAUGGAAA